AUGGUAAUAGAGAUUGACAAAUUCAACCUCAGGAAGAUUAAAGCAGACUUCUUGCAGAUAAAAGCCACGAGAAAAUAUUUACAAUGCAUCUCAGAAAUAGAGCACCAAUUACUUUAUAAAGAGCACAAGCUGUUGUCUUUGAUUGAACUUCACAUGCACUUCAUAUUUGGUACAGAAAAUGCCAAGAUACAGAUGCGAAAGGGAAAACAUCUAAUGAAAAUGAGGUCCUUGGAGGUGGGCAAAGUAGAAGUUGUAGGGAAGAAAGGGCUUUGCAGACACCACUGUCCCCUGUCGUUGCUUGCUGUAGCCGUGGUCAACCCCACCCUGUUCUUUGAUGGCGAGCCCUUAGGUUGCAUCUCCUUUGAGCUUUUUGCAGGCAAAAUUCCAAGGACAGCAGAAAACUUUCAUGCUCUGAGCACUGGAGAGAAAGGAUUUGGAUAUAAAGUCUCCUCCUUUCACAAAAUUAUUCCAGGAUUUAUAUGCCAGGGUGGUGACUUCACACACCAUAAUGGCUCUGGCGGCAGGUCCAUCUAUGGGGAGAAAUUUGAGGAUGACGACUUCAUCCUGAAGCACACAGGUCCUGGCAUCUUGUCCAUGGAAAACAAUAGACCAAACACAAGUAGUUCCCAUGGUUCCCAGUUUUUUAUCUGCACUGCCAAGACUGAGUGGCUGGGUGGCAAGCAUGUGGUCUCUGGGAAGGUGAAAGAAGGUGUGAGCAUCAUGGAAGCCAUGGAGUGUUUUGGUUCCAGGAAUGGCAAGACCAGCAAGAAGGUCACUAUUCCUGACUGCGGACAACUGUAA